AUGGAAGAGCACUUAGUGCAGCUGCUCGCCAGUACGCAGCUGGCCCUAGAGGCACCACGCAGGCAGGCCGAGCUCGAGCUUGCACUUGCCAGGAACAAUCCCGACUUCCCUCUGUCGCUUGCCCGCAUCGGCGCCCACGUGGAAGCCCCCGUCGAGAUCCGCCAGUCUGCAUUGACCGUCUUGCGGAAGUUCCUCGAGGAGAACUGGAGCCCCGAGGGCGGCGAUGGGCCUCACAUCCCCAUUCCCGACCAGGUCAAGGACCAGCUCCGCCACAUUGUCCUCGAGCUGGUGCUGAGUCGUGGCGAAGACCAGCGCAAAGUGAAGCUUGCCGCUAGCUAUGUCGUCUCCAAGAUCGCCAUGGUCGACUUCCCCGACCAAUGGCCCGCUCUCCUCCCCGCCGUCCUCGGCAUCAUGCCCGCGGGAACAGACAACCAACUCCACGGCGCUCUAUGCAUUCUCCAAGACUUGGUCGAAGAGAGUCUGUCGGACGAACAGUUCUUCUCCGUGGCCCGCGACAUCAUCAAGGCGUGCUACGACGUCGCCCUUAACGAUAACCGCAAGGAGACCCACCGCAGCUUGGCAGUGCUCGUCUUUAGGAGCUGCUUCAAUCUCAUGGAUAUUGUCAAGGACGACCACAAGAAAGAUGUCAGGAAUUUUGCCGGCGAGGUUCUCGAGGGGUGGCUUCCGUUCCUGGAGCAGGUCAUCAAUACGCCGCUCCCCGACCGUGGCGGCGCCGAUUCGCAGCCCGACAGCUGGUACGGCCCUGUCGCGCUCAAGGUCCAGGCCCUCAAGACUCUGAUUAAGAUCAAGUCUGUCUUCUCCAUCCUUUUGCUCCCCCAGAGCCCCACGUUCUUCAAAGCCACCUGGGAGGAGCUCUCGAGGCUGCAGGGCUCGUACCAGGAACUGUUCAUUGAGGCGGACGCGCAGGGGCGUCUUGAGGAUAUCGACGGUCUCCCAUUCACGCUUGACUUCCUUGUUCUAGACGAGCUCGAUUUCCUCAACCAAUGCAUGCGAGCCUCGCCUGUACAGAAGCAGCUCCGGGCCGACAUUGCCGCCCAUGGUGCCGCCCACGACACCCCUUGGGUCCUGGACCUCAUGAAGCUGCUUGUAUCCUACUCGCAGAUAACCCAGGAGGAGGAAGGUCUGUGGGAUAUCGAUAUUUCGCUCUAUCUCGCCGAAGAGACCUCGCUCUCUUCCAACUACACCGCCAGAACCGCUUGCGGUGACCUUCUGAUCAAGCUUUCGGAAUGGCUAGGCCAACAGGCUCUCGAGGGGUUGUUUGCGUACACAAAGACCAUCUUCACCACCGGACGCCAGGACUGGCGCAGACAAGAAGCGGCGCUGUACCUCUUCAAUGCCCUCCUAAACGACUUCCAGGACUGCGAGAAGCCGGUCCCGGACGGUAUCGCAGGCGCUUACCUCGAACUUGUCAACUAUGCCAUCAGCAGGCAAGACGAGCCAAUUCUGCGCGCUCGGGGCUUCCUAGUUGCGGGCGUCUUGUGCCAGAGCUACCAGCCGGCGACAGCACUGCUUGACCGGGCCAUCGAGUCGACGACUAUGGACAGCUCCGAGCUCGUGCAGGUCUCGUGUGUCAAGGCAAUCGAGGGCUUUAUCGCUACAGGUAUCCCGGCCGAUAGACAGCUCAGUAUCAUCUUGGCCAUUCAAAACUUCCUAGAGGCGAAGGAUCUCACCGAGCUGGAGGAUGCCGACGACCUCUUGGUAACCCUCCUCGAAACACUUCGUCAAGCCAUCAGCAUGGACAUGCGCAUUGCUAUCCAGCCGGACAGCAAGGCGAUCGACCUGCUCUUUGUAAUUGCUAAGCAUGGCGCCUCGAACUUCCAGGUCACCAUGAUUGUUUGCGAGACGUUUGAGUCGGCCGUCAAGACGCUGAGUGAGUCGGCCGCCUACACGGCGCUGUGCGCCAAAGUCUUGCCGUCCAUCAUAGGCGCCUUUGACGUUGCCAAUAUGACACAGGACGACCCGCUAGUCACGUUGGCGACGGAGCUGCUGGCUCUUCUCGCUCAAUAUGGCGCGGAGCCUCUCCCCACUGGGUUCAUUGCCUCUACCCUCCCGAAGCUCAAUCGGCUCUUGAUGAGCUCCACCGAGGGCGAUAUUUUGCGCCCAGGUGCCGAGGCGGUCAGGUACAUGCUCAUGCAUGACCACCAUCAGGUGUUUGGUUGGCAAGACGAAACUGGCCGUUCCGGUUUGGAGGUCUGCCUCCUCAUAAUUGAUCGUCUGCUCGGUCCUCUGGUUGAGGACAAUGCCGCGUCCGAGGUUGGCGGCCUGGCUGCCGAGCUCGUCGAGAAAGCCGGCCAAGAGAGGCUGGGUCCAUUUUUGCCGCAGCUCCUCCAGGCCGUUGCAGCCCGCCUAGAGACGGCGCAGGCAGCAGCUUUCAUACAGUCGCUCAUCAGCAUCUUCGCCCGUCUCUCACUUGUCGGGGCCCAGGACGUUGUGAAUUUCCUAAGCGAGAUCCAGAUCGGCGGCCAGAGCGGUCUUCAGGUCGUCCUCAGCAAGUGGCUUGAGAAUUCCGUCAGCUUUGCUGGCUAUGACGAGAUACGUCAAAACGUCAUUGCCCUCUCAAAACUCUACUCGCUCAACGAUGCCCGCGUGGCCCAGACGCAGGUCAAGGGUGAUCUGAUAAUAACCAGCAGCGAUAGGAUACUGACGAGGUCUCGGUCAAGGCAAGACCCAGACCAGUACACCAUCAUCCCGGCGCCGCUCAAGAUCCUCAAGGUUCUAAUUGAGGAUCUCCUCUCGGCAUCUGGCGUCCAAGCCGCGGCUGAUCUAGCAGCCGCGGCAGCUACCGACUUUGCCGAUGCCGAGGACGACGAUGGCGAUGAGGGCUGGGAGGACGAGCCGGGCGACAUGCUUGAUCUGUCACUUGGAAGCACCAAGGCGGACCUAAUGGGCUGGCUCGACAGCACCAACUCGAAGCAACCUGACGACGAGACGCAGGCAUAUCUCACCGAGUUCUUCAUCCGCGCCGCCCGCGAAAACACGGCCGGCUUCCAGGGCUGGUUCGCCAUGCUUACCGAAGACGAGAAGACGAAGCUUCAUGAGCUCGCGGCGCAGUAA